CCCUGACAGUCGGCCUCCUCCACUUUCUCAAUCAGAUUCCCUUCCAGAGACUCGCUGGCCAGCUCUGUCAGCUGUGGGAGCCACUGAGAGACUCAUCCCCGUGGGGCCUGGAAGGUAUGGGCCGCCAUCUGCCAGCGGUUCAGUCACCAGACAGCGACACCGUCUCCUGGCCACCUGCCCCUCCAAAGCAGACCCGAGGGCCCAGCCCAGCCCUGUGUCUAGGUCGUUUGGGAAGCGCCUUGGAGAGCCAAGAAUAAAACUGCAGUUCAAACAAUGGAUGACUGGAAAAGUCGGCUUGUAGUCAAGAGCAUGCUUCCCCAUUUCGCCAUGGUGGGAAAUCGUCAGGAGCCCAGAAAGCUCCAGGAAUCGUCACAGGGAACCAAUAAGAGGAGACAGGAAGAAGAUGACUUCCAAUUUCCAGGCAUGGCUGAUGGAGGUUACCCUAAUAAAAUUAAGAGGCCCUGCCUUGAAGAUGUCACCCUACCCAUGGGUCCAGGUGCCCAUCCCAGUACCAUCUGUACAGAGCUGCAUGUCCCUGCAUUAACAAUGCCUCCUAGCUCUGCAACAAUGGGACUAGCUGGCCAGUCCUUACUACUCGAGCACAAUCCUAUGAAUGGCAGCAUGACAAGCUCCCAAUUUGGGGUACAACCAACUACAGAAAUGGGGCUGAAAGGGCCUAGCAUUCCUUACUAUGAGAAAAUCAACAGCACGCCGGCUGUAGACCAGGAGCUCCAAGACCUGCUGGAGGAGCUAACCAAAAUUCAGGAGCCUUCUCUUAAUGAUCUAGAUCUGGAAAAGAUCCUGGGGAGCAAACCUGAAGAGCCACUGGACUUAUACCACACCCAGACACUGGAAGAGACACCACCCAAGCUUCCGGUUCAAGUGCCACAGUUAGAGGACCUUGAUUCCGGCAAGGAGUUCACUUCCAGUUGCAGCCAAGUGACUGGUGUGUCACUGCCGAUCCUGCCCUCCUCCACAGGGAUCAGCUAUUCAGUUCCUUCUACCAGUAAGCAGAUGGCAUCACCCAGUUCCUCGAUAGCACAGGCCAAGAACCAGGCCAUGCUCCCUGUCACUAUGCCCCCAUUACCGGUGCCUCAGUGGCACCAUGCCCACCAGCUAAAAGCGUUGGCAGCCAGCAAGCAGGGAUGUGCUACAAAGCAGCAGGGCUCUAGCCCCACUUGGUCUGGCCUGCCCCCUCCAGGCCUCUCCCCACCUUACCGCCCAGUGCCAUCACCACAUCCACCACCCCCGCCGCCACCGUUCAGCCCUCAGAGCUUUAUGGUAUCAUGCAUGUCAUCCAGCAGCUCGUCGAGUAGCACUUUGCAAGGCUCACCCAAUGACUUACUCUCCAGCAUGGCGUCGGGCAGCAGUGCCAACCUUGGGCCCACCUUGCCCUACGCUCCUGAGAAGCUCCCCAGCCCGGCUCUUAGCCAGCAGCCACAGUUCAGCCCCCAGAGCUCCAUUCUUGCCAACCUGGUGUCCUCUACCAUCAAGAGCCCCCAAGGGCAUCUGAUGUCUGCACUGCCCACCAGCAACCCCGGGCCAUCCCCACCUUAUCGCCCAGAGAAGCUGUCCAGCCCAGGCUUGCCACAGCAGUCCUUCACCCCCCAGCACUCCCUCAUCCGGACCCUCACUCCCACCAGUAAUCUGCUGAGCCAGCAGCAGCAGCAGCAGCAGCAUCAGCAACAUCAGCAGCAUCAGCAGCAUCAGCAUCAGCAGCAGCAGCAGCAGCAGCAUCAGCAACAUCAGCAGCAUCAGCAGCAUCAGCAGCAUCAGCAUCAGCAGCAGCAGCAGCAGCAGCAGCAGCAGCAGCAAGCAAAUGCCAUCUUUAAGCACAUGACCAGCAACUCAUCCAAAACCCUGAGCAUGCUCAUGCAACAGGGGCUGGCCAGCUCCAGCCCAGAAGCCCCUGAGCCGUUUAACUUUGGCCACACCAAGCCCUUGUCCCAUUUUGUUUCUGAGCCGGCCCCCCAGAAGAUGCCCUCCAUGCCUGCCACCUCUAGGCAGGCUUCCCUGCUCCACUACCUGCAGCAGCCACUACCGGCGCAGGCCUCAUCUGCCACUGCCUCCUCCACUGCUACUGCCACCUUGCAGCUCCAGCCACAGCUGCAGCAGCAGCCUGAGCAUUCGUUCCUCUUGCAGCAGAUGAUGCAGCAACCCCAGCGCUUUCAGCGAUCGGUGGCCUCUGAGUCCGUGCCCACUCUGCCCAGACAGCAAGAGAAACAGAAAUCAGGUCUUAUGGCAAUGACCCCUAAGCAGCGAAGUGCGUAUGUGGCCCAGCAGAUGAGCCCAUUUCAAGCCGUCCAAGAACAAGUCACCCCCAAGUGUAUCCAGACCAAGACAAGCCCUUCAUCCAGCCAGCACAUGAUGCCACCCAGACCCAGGCUCCUUCCACACAAUAUGAACCCAGGAGCAAUCCCACCCACCAGGCACCAGAGCUGCGAGGGCAUGGGCAUGAGCUCACCAACGCCACGAAAGCAACAAGGAACAUUCAGCACCGGCUCCCACUUCCCGGUGUCCUCUCAUCCCAGCCAGAAAGCCCUGGGCGGUCUUGACUGCCAGCAUCCGCAGAGUGCCAAGGCCGCCUUCCCAGGAGUGCUCCCGCCCAGGUUCUGUCCCAGCCCACUGGGCAGCCAACCCCUGAGUCCCCACCGGCUCAGACAGCCCAGUGUGCCAAAAAUGCCCACUCUGUUGAACAGUGCCACAUGGGUGGUAUUGUCGGCGGCAGCUGUGACCACAGCAGUUUCAAGGGAACCAUCCCCAACCCAAGCAGAUAACAGGAACUCAGUCUUUGCCAAGACACCCAUGAAAGUGCCCCCCAUAGCCCAGGCAUUUCCAUCUCAGCAGGCAGUGGCACCUCCUGGGCACGUGACCCCAGGAAGCGGGUCUGACCAGAAAAGGAACAGCCCUACCCUAGUCAACUCCAGCUUUGGCCUGCUGGGCAGCCAGAGCCUCCGGCAGAGUCCGGUGCAGGGCCCUGUGCCUGUGUUGAGCACCAAGGCCCUGCAGCAGGGUGCCGCCAGCUUCGCACCCAUGAGUCCCAUCCAUGGCAUUGAACCACCAAGCUAUGUGGCUGCUGUCGCUGCCACCUCGGCCACAGCUGCCAGCCAGUCCCUUGGACCCUUCAACAGAACAGGGACCCUCCCUCAGCUGCCACCCAUCAACGUCUUGCCCCAGCAGCUACUAAAUGGUCUGAUUUCACCACCUGACUACAGUGAGGUGGAUUUCAUUGAAGCUCUCUUGAAAGGUUCUGGUGAGGGCCCAGAUGAAGACUGGCUGUCUAACCUGAGGUUGAUCGAUGACAUUCUGGAACAGCACGCUGCUGCCCAGAAUGCUGGCCAACUCCCCCAGGGUGCCAGAGGGCUUUAAAUCAGAGCUGGGCAUCCUAGGAAGCCACUCGCUGAUGGCAUUCUAAGGGGGCCCCAAAGCCGCAGCAAAUUCCCACGCAGCCCCAGACAGCCACACUUGGUCCUCAUUACCGAGUGGCAUCACCCUUCCCAUCCCCCUCUGGACCCGAGACAAAAUGGAUGGAAAGCUGGUGAUUUUUCAAGCUACUUGUACAUAUUUGAAAAUUUUGUAAAUGGUUUUCCUAAACAUGAAUGACAGAAGUAUUUAUACUUGGUUUUGUGACUUUGUAAAUAAAGUGACGGCUUUUGUUUCAGUAGAGUUGUGUUUAUUCUGCUUUGUUUUGUGUUUAUUCUACAUUGUUACAAACGUGCAGGUUGUGCUGUCCACCCCAGUGAUACCUUGUGAAGCCAGGUGGCUGAGCCUCGCUGUGGUUUUGAUGCUAUCUAUGGUUUUGAUGCCCUGAGAGAUGUGGCUUGUGACCAAGGGGUGUUUGCAAACUGACACAUGCCAAAUAGAAAACCGCUUGGUCACCGAUUUCCAUUCGCACUCCAAGUCCUAUCGCCUGGUGUGACGCUUAAGCUCUUUUGCAAACCUUUGCCAUCUCCAAAAGCAAGCUCUUUCCUAAUGAGCAUUCACAGCGCUAGUGACUUAUUGUAGUGCCUCCCCGAGACACUGCCACAAGGCUGAGGAUGUCUGUGAGAUGUGGGAGAGACACAGAGCAAGUGGGGAGCUGAGCAGAGUACGAGCUCUCCCCUUGCUCUCUCCCUCAGACAGAAGAGAGCCAGCCCAAGGCAGGGGAAGGUGAGCUGGCCCCGCUUUCAAGUCUCUCUGCUGGUCCUGACGUAAGGCUCUGUGGUUGUGGGGGGAGUCUGUAAACAUUAACAGUUGAUUUGGAGUUUGUCUUUGAUGGUUUCUAUCUGCAAUUACUGUCAUGUAUAUUUAAGUGUCUGUUGUAGAAAACGCACACCCACUGUCCUGUAAACUUUUCUCAGUGUCCAGACUUUGUGUAAUCACAUUUUAAUUGCCACCUCGUAUUUUGCCUCGACAUUUGAGAUCUGGCGUCUGUUUCGAGCCAGUGCGUUUUGUUUUUCUUUGUUCUGUUAAUAAACAGCCAGGAAAAAAGUG